AUGGCACCUCCCGCAGCAGAUGUUGAUGUGCAAUCCGACGUGCCGGUGCAGCAGGCUACCAAGAAGUCUGUCGGCCCCGUUCCCGUCAAGUCAUUGACUAGCUCUAGGCUUGACGGACCCCUAAAAUACUCUGGGAGUCUCGACACGUACAAGCAAUUUGAUGUCACUAAAGUCAUCGGCCGGGAAUUCAGCAAUCUUCAGCUAAGUGAGAUUUUACACGACGACACUAAGAUUCGCGACUUAGCAAUUCUCGUUUCCGAGAGAGGUGUUCUAUUCUUCCGAAACCAGGAUAUCAACAUUGACGACCAAAAGUUGCUGGGUGACCGACUUGGACAACUCACUGGAAAACCAGAAACGUCUAAGCUUCAUCGUCAUGCCCUCUCAAACAGUAAACGUGGCAUCCCUGUUGAUGAGAAUGGUCGUCUUGAUGAUGAAGUAUCUAUUAUCUCUUCCGAGCAGAACCGUAAAUUCUACAAGGACCGAUAUACGGCCUUUUCCAAGAAAAUCGCCAGUCAUGGCUGGCAUGCAGACAUUACGUUCGAGAAUAUUCCUUCAGACUAUGCAAUCCUCAAGAUCAUCCAGCCGCCCGAGGACGCCGGUGGUGAUACGCUGUGGGCAUCGGGCUAUGAAGCCUACGACCGUCUCUCUCCGCCUAUUCAAAAACUAGUGGAGAGCCUAACCGCCACACACAACCAACCGGGUUUCGUCAAGGUACAGAAUGACUUUGGCGAAGAGCUUAUUGACCAGAACCGAGGCUCUCCUGAGAACAAUGGUCUUGACUUCAGGGCAGAGCAUCCCCUUAUUCGUACAAACCCAGUAACUGGGUGGAAAAGCUUAUUCGGCGCAGGUGGUCAGGUUGAGAGCGGAUGGAUCAACGGAGUUACCGAGCGGGAGAGCGAGAUACUCAAAAACUACUUCCUCCAAAUAAUCGUUGAGAACCAUGACCUUCAGGUGCGAUUCAGGUGGAACAAGAAUGAUCUUGCAAUUUGGGACAACCGCUCUGUCUUCCACACGGCUACAAAUGAUUACAUCGGAAAGCGUCAAGGCAAUCGAGUCGUAUCUAUUGGCGAGAAACCAUACUUUGAUCCGAAUUCGAAGUCACGCCGUGAAGCACUUGGAUUUCAGGAGUCCUGA